GGCCGGCGGACGGGCCCCCGCUGCCCUCCCUCUCCCCCAGCCCGGCGCAUCCACUCGGGAAUUAUUUUAUUUAUUUAUUUAUUUAUUUAUUUAUUUUCCUCCGCCGUGCUGUAUGUACUGGUUUCCUCGUCACUCGCCACGGUUAACUUCCCUGUGACUCGUUUAACACUUGAGACCUCCGUGGAUGCUACUAAGAGCACUUCUCUUGCCUUAGCUGUCCCUUGCUGGGAUCGGAUUCACACUACCCGGACCCUGUGUGCCUGUAUGUGUGUUCUGAGUGUCUUGACAUUUUGGUUUUCUUUGCAAGAGCUAUGCAUUAUUUGUAACCAAGACCUGUGAAUGACCAUAGGCUUGGCUUGACCUUGAUUUUGACGGCUUUGUUGGAAGAUCUGAUGAUGUGAUUGCAUGUCAUGAGGUGAUAGCUCUCCAGCCUCCAGCCUCCGUGGCUCAGUGUAUAAACCACUUCUGCCACUCUGUCACCCAUGGACGAUUCAGAUUUUUCUUUUAAACAAUCCUUUUGGCUAUUUUUGUUUUCUCACUUCUCCUUUCCCCCUUGUUUCUCUUUAAUGUUGGGAGCCUUAUUCUACCCUCUGAUGUGAUUGGUAUUCCUGCUUCUCCGUGCUGCUGAUUUCCAGUUUAAACUACGAUGGCUCUAAGUGGCAAUUGCAGGACUUACCUUCCUGCUCGGGAGCAGGGCACGGGGCUGCACUCCUUCCCCGAGGUGGUGGAGCUCAACGUGGGUGGCCAGGUUUACUUCACUCGCCACUCCACCCUGGUGGGCACCCCUCACUCCCUGCUCUGGAAAAUGUUCACCCCAAAGAGAGACACAGCCAACGAUCUGGCCAAGGACUCCAAGGGGAGAUUCUUCAUCGACAGAGAUGGUUUCCUUUUCCGCUAUAUUCUGGACUAUCUCAGGGACAAGCAGGUGGUUCUGCCCGACCACUUCCCAGAGAAGGGAAGGCUCAAGAGGGAGGCUGAGUACUUCCAGCUGCCGGACUUGGUCAAGCUCCUGACUCCCGAUGACAACAAGCAAAGCCCUGACGAUUAUUGCCACAGUGACUACGAAGAGGUGUCCCAGGGCAGUGACACCAGAAUAUGCCCCCCCUCGUCGCUGCUACCGCCGGACCGCAAGUGGGGAUUCAUCACCAUCGGCUACCGUGGGUCGUGCACUAUUGGCAGGGAGAGCCAAGCCGAUGCCAAGUUCAGGAGGGUCCCAAGGAUUUUGGUUUGCGGAAGGAUUUCUUUGGUCAAAGAGGUUUUUGGAGAAAGUUUGAAUGAAAGCAGAGACCCGGACAGGGCUCCAGAAAGGUACACCUCCAGGUUUUAUCUCAAGUUCAAGCACCUGGAGAGGGCUUUUGACAUGUUGUCCGAGUGUGGAUUCCACAUGGUGGCCUGUAACUCCUCGGUGACGGCUUCCUUCGUCAACCAGUACACAGACGACAAGGUCUGGUCCAGCUACACCGAAUACGUCUUCUACCGCGAGCCCUCCCGCUGGUCCUCGUCCCACUGCGACUGCUGCUGCAAGAACGGCAAGGGCGACAAGGAGGGCGAGAGCGGCACGUCCUGCAACGAGCUGUCCACGUCCAGCUGCGACAGCCAGUCGGAGGCCAGCUCCCCGCAGGAGACCGUCAUCUGCGGGCCCGUCACACGCCAGCACAACAUUCAGACUCUGGACCGGCCGGCCAAGAAGGGGCCGGUGCAGCUGCUGCAGCAAUCCGAGAUCCGCAGGAAGAGCGACCUGCUCCGGACUCUCACCUCCGGCUCCCGGGAGUCCAACUCCAGCAAGAAAAAAGCCGUAAAGGAGAAGCUCUCCAUCGAGGAAGAGCUGGAAAAAUGUAUCCAGGAUUUCCUCAAAAUCAAAAUCCCAGACAGGUUUCCCGAGAGGAAGCACCCCUGGCAAUCCGAACUGCUGCGGAAGUACCACCUCUAGGCUUCGGGCGGGGAGAGCACACCCCCUCGUUCCGUUAGAGCCGGAUCCUGAGCGACACAAAAUUCCCAAUAACAACGAUUUGUUAGGUCACCGAAACCAAAACCCAUCUCUAGUACUGCCCAAUUUGCCUAUUUCACCUUAACAUUUCUAGUCGUAGGGGAACGAUAUUUUUUUGCGGUCCUGGAAGCACAAUGACAAACGUUUUUGUUUGUAAACCUGGAGUCUUACACGAGCUGAAAACCUUAAGGGCACGGCCGGGAGCGCCCCGAGGGUCGCUGGUGCGGCCCCGAGCAGGCAGGGCGGUGCUGGGGGCUCCGUGCCCGCUGCAUCCUGCCCGGAGCACGCGUGCCUGGAGCGGGGAGCCCAGCACAGAGCCCCAGCUCUGCCCCGGCACUUUGAGCAUGUGUAUUUAUAUAUGUGCAUAUAUAUAUGUGUGUAUAUAUAUCUCUGUGUGUAUAUAUAUAUGUAUAUAUAUAUCUAUAUAUAUUGCUUAAAGAUUUUCUGGCUCUCUCCUUAUAACUGCACUUUCUCAGAAAAGAGCAUUUUUUUAGGCUGCGGAUGUCCCGUUUCUUCUCCAGGCCUUCGAGGGCUGAACAGUAGAAAUCCACCUCCCCUGUCUCUCUCCUGCCGGCCCUGCCAGGCCUUCCCCCUGGCUGGGGCACUGCAAAUGUGCCAGUGGAGACCAGGUGCAGGCUGUGGCUCUGUGUUACCAUCAGCAAAACACUCUGUUUGUUCGGGGUGCUCUUGUCCCUGCGUGUCCUCCCCACACCUCUUGUGCUCUCCAAGGCUCUCCGUGGGUUGAGGGCGUGCUGGUGAAAGUUUCAGGGAUGGUUCUGGGCUGCGUGGGGACGCUGGGGAGGAUGCUGGCCCCUGUGUGUGUGUGCCAGGAGCGGCUGUCCCGGCUGGCAGGGACAGCGGGCGCCGUGCCCCCUGUGCCCCAGCAAUCACCCCCAGCCCACGGGGGCUCUGCGUGGGGAGCUGUCGCUGCAGCAGGGAGCAGGGCUGUGCCGGGAGCAGGGCUGUGCCGGGAGCAGGGCUGUGCCGGGAGCAGGGCUGUGCCAGGAGCAGGGCUGUGCCAGGAGCAGGGCUGUGCCGGGAGCAGGGCUGUGCCGGGAGCAGGGCUGUGCCGGGGGCAGGGCUGUGCCGGGAGCAGGGCUGUGCCGGGAGCAAGCACAGCCCCGGAGGAGCUCCCUGUGUCCCCUCCCGCCCGUGCCAGCGGAGCCACCGCAGCAAACCGUGCCCUGUGUCCUGUGUCACCGCGGAGCCUGGGAAGGGCUGGGCUGCUCCAGCAGUGCCCCGGAGCCCGGGGAGGGGAGCAGGGAUCGGGCCAGAGAGGGGCCAGGGCUCAGCACAGGCACGGGAUCAGCCAGAGCUGGGGCACGGCAGCGCCGGGGGCUGCUGGGGCACGGAGGGAUGGAACACGUCAGUGCUCCAGCUGUGGAGGCCACAGCUGGGAACAUACCAGGAUCUGGGAUCAAUUAUUUGUUUUCUAAAGGCACAGGAAGAUUUAUAUAUAUAUAUUUUUAUAUAUAUAUAUAUAUGGAUAUAAAACCAUGGGCAGUGACAGCGCUGGUAACACAGAACACCCGGAUUGUGACUCUGUAAGUGUCCUGCAGGUUCCAGAGCUUCCCCCUCCUAAAUUCCAGGAGCUGCAGCGGGAGACGCUGUCCUGCCUGCACGGGUUCUUUCUGUGGUCCUGGUGCAGUUCCAGGCAGGAGGAUGCUGGUGCCUGCGGGGCUCCAUCACGCCGGGCUGGCAGGGAACGCUGAGGUCUCCACAGCCGUGUUUGGGGUCGGGCGCACUUUCACCGGCUGAAAAAGGCAGCAAUACUUGUCCAGAGGAGACAGGGAACCCUCCCGGCAAUGCUCCCGGAGGGCAGGGCUGGGAUGCGCAGCUGGGGUCGCCUCUGGGAUGGUGAGGGAGGAGGAUGAGGAGCUGUCCCUGUCGGAGCUGUUCCCUCCGCCGGUGCCGCGCAGCCGGCGCUGGGCAGGAGAGGCUCUGCCCGGGAAAUGCUCGGCGAAGAAACCCAGAACUUCCUGGGAUCGUGCUUUAGAGCCAGUUCAGGGCUUAGGACAUUCCCUCCCACUGGAAUUCAGGCCCGGCUCUACUCCCAGGCUCAAAAGGCACAUCUUCCCAUGAUGUUUCCUACAAGCUCCACAGAUUUGGCCCCGUUUAGUUAUUUCAUGGUUAGUUUAUAGCGUUUUUCUCUCCCUACUCACCAUUUCCUGCAUCUUGCCCCUGGGAGCCCUGUCCCCUGCUCUGGCACCGAGCGAGAACCGGGGAGCAGAGAGGGCUCUCUGGAUUUCCAGCAGGGCACGGGGCUCAGGACAGGUCACCGCUGUUCCUGGGCAGGAGACUGCAGCUAAAACCUCGUGCUUUCACUCCAGAUCUCUGCCUGUCUCUUUUUAACACUCUUUGGGCUGUAAGCUGUGUGUGCAGAGUGGAGGAGCAGGAGCUGGGUGUGUGUGUGUGUGUGUGUGUGUGUGUUUGCGCUCCUAGGGACACGGGAUUGCUCCAUGAUUAAUAACUGGGGAAAAAUUAGACCAAAUGAAAUCCGCCCAAGUGGGCUUGAUUUAUGUGGCCUUCGUGUCUCCAGUUUGAGAUGAAAUGGUUAUUACUCUCCAGUGCUACAGAAAUAAAGGUCUUAAAGUUCAGUAAUCACAGGCAGGCCCAACCUUCUGGGAAACGCUGCCCAGGCUGGGGCCGGGCAGUGCCAGGCGUGGGGCUCGUGCCCCUGUGUGUCUGUGUGGGUCCUGCUGCACCUCUGGGGACCUGCUUCUGCUCUGACCCAUGGACAGCUGUUGGGUGAGUGGUUUGUGCACAGCUGGAGCUGGUUUUGUGCUGCUCAGAGGGACUGGGGGCUGGAGGUGGAACUGGGGGCUCUCACAGCCCUGCAGGGAUCAGCAGCUCUGCCCAGAGCUCCCCACAGCACCCCCUGCACCUUCGGGGCACCUCCCUGUGCCACCACUGAGACAGGGCUGGGGACACCCGGCAGUGGGGCAGAGAAACCCUGGGGGGCUGACACACAGCAGGGGAACUGAAAAUGUGGCCCCGUGGUGGCCCCACAGCUCGGGUGAGGGUGGUGGUGGUCAGGGGGGAGCGACCAAAGCUUCCGCAGGCAGCAGGACGGUGGCGGGAGGGUGAGCUGCCCUGGAGAUCCCUUCCCAGCGCUCGUGCCAUGCACGCAGGGAUGCACCGCUGCACGGGCGUGCUGCACCGGGUGGGGACACGGCCACCUGGGUGGGGACACGGCCACCUGGGUGGGGACACGGCCACCCUGGGGACAGGCAGGGACUGUGCAUGCUGCCCUGGGUGGGGACACGGCCACCUGGGUGGGGACACGGCCACCCUGGGGACAGGCAGUGGCUGGUGCCUUUCUGCCAAGGCUGCUCCCUCUCUGUGAACGUGGCAGCUGUCCCCGUGCCCAGGACAGGACACCCCUGCCGUGGGUGGUGGCACCUCAGAGCCACCUCAGCACGAGCAGGGGAAGGUGGCCAGUGCUCAGCAGGUCCAGCCCCUUCCCCCCGCAGGGAAGAGAGGCAGAGGCAGCACAGGGCACAAAGGAAACUGGAAUAGAGAUUGCCUGAGAGAGACCAUCCUGGGUCUGGGCUGUGAAACAUAUUCUAGUCAAAUUCGACUUGGUUUCAGUGAGCGAUCCCAUGUGUCUCCCUGGGACAGGUUUUGUAGAAGCCAAAAUGAAACUCCGCUUGCAGAGUACUUUGUUCUUUCUGAAACGUCUGGGCAGGGACUGGACUUUGAGCUACUUUCCACCAGUAACAAAGCCCAAGUUCUGUUGCAACUGAUGUGGAAGCUUACCUUGGCUGCAGUGGGACUGAGGCUCAGCUCCCAGAGGCAGAAUUCCCCAUUCCAGGAAUCCCCAAACCCCCGAGACACCUGAGCAGGACUCAGAGCGCUUGGGGGACGCACGGAGAACUCAUCAUUUCCACAGACCUGUGGGGACCAAACGCUUUGGUUUUCUCCCUGAACCAUCUGCACACACAGCACGGAGGCUUCACAGUGCUCUGGAGAGCGUUUUGGGUUUAAGUUGGGUGAGUCCAUUUAUUCAUUUUAUUUGCGGGUUGUGGGCUGGAGGAGAGGACAAGGCUGGGUUUAUCGGCAGUGGCCACCACGUACCCGAGCCCUUCAGCCGUGUCUUGCCCUGCUCUCCCAGCCCUGGGCAGGCUGAGGGAACUUCCCAGCCCCUUCCCCAAGCCCCCCACCCACCACGAGUACAGACUUGUCUUUCAGAGUACUUUAUGCAUAAGGCCCCAUGUGUAUCAUGGUACAAAAUAAUUGUCCAGUCUUAUGGAUAGUUUAUGCCCCAACGGGGUUUUGUAGAUUAAUAGUAAAAGAACAAAAAAUUAUUUAAAAAAAAAAAGAAAAAACAAAAAGCACUUUUAAAUUAUUUAUAUUAUAAAAAGACAUUCUUUAUUUUUCUUGGCAUUGAUGUCACUUAGCUAAAAAAAUCCGUUUAUAAAUAAGAUAUUGCAGAUUUUAAACUAUAGCAAUGCUCGAGCAAACGCGGAUUGGGAGUUCCACAGAGAAAAGGAGCGAGGUGAAGCAGGAGGGUGGCGGGGCCCCGCUGGCUCCUGGGGUGGCGUUGGAGUGGAGGAGACGAUGUCCCUUGUGGUCCCCCUGGCUGUCCCCAGCCUCGGCGCUGCGCUGAGGCGCUGCCGGUGCAAUAUUUCCCAGCCCACGCGGGAUGCAGAGGGGCUUUGGUGCCGUUGGGAUCUCUCGGGGCCUUGCUUACGUUACAUUUUCGGACCUCAUUCAGCACUAAAUGACUUUGCCAAGGCUGAGUCAGUCUGUUGCACAUUGAUGUAGAUUAAGUGGCACCCACUGAAUUACCUCUCGACUUUCCAACGUGGUUCACUUGUACAUAAGUGUAAUGUCAAACUGUUUACAGGUUCUUUUGUGCGUAAUUGUGGAGAAAAAAAAAAAAAAAAAAGUUUUAACUACAAAUUUAAAGGAAUCGAUUUUACUGGAAGGUGUUUAAAAAAAUGAAUGUGCUUAAUACAGUAUAGACAUCCUUGCUACUGGUCUCACCUGAAUGCAUGUAUCCGUGUUGUCAGUCCCACCAGUGAGGUUAUUGGCAAUAUUCUGCAGUCUGUGAAUAGCAAAUAUGCAUAAACUACUGUGACUCUGACAAAUAUAACUCGGUAACUGUUUCUACUGUGGUAUGUGAAAAAAAAAAAAAUCCUGUAGCUUUUAGCCUGCUGUAUUUCCCUGGUGCAAAGAGCACCAGGAAAGAGAGAGAUCUGGGAGGGAUGAAGUCGCAGCUGUGCCCUGCGCGGGGCGGCUCACCCCGGCGGGUGCCCGUGCUACAAGUGCCAAAAGUGCCAUUUUCAGAGCCUGGCAGCUGGAGGGGAAGGUGCCGCUGCUGCCUCCUGCUCUGGCACCGCUGCUGGGCCAGGCCAGGCAGAGCCUGGGCUGUGGCACCCUGCACGGGCGAGCCGGGGGCUCAGAGCUGCAGGCGCUUCGUGUUUGCAGCUCCAGCGCAGCAGCGAAUGCUCACAGAGCGGAAUGAGGGAGCUGGGAUCCUUCAGCCGCCGCAGGCGCUCGCUGAAGGGCACCCAGGGAUACAGCCAGGCUUUCCUGCUCACGGGGAUUUCUUGUGUAACCACUUCCCUCCCUGCUGGCUGGGCCUUAUCCUCCCGUGGAAGGUGGGGGUUUUCCCCCGUUUAUUGCUGCGUUUGGUGUCGUUAUUUUCAAUCUGCAGCACUUGGCCGUGGUUGAGAGGAAUCCCUUCCCAAUGGCCCCUUCCUGGGGAAGGUGAGAGAUCCGUGUGUGCGGCGUUUGCCCCGCGUGGUGCUGGUUCCAUCUGGGCGCUGCAGAGCCGGGCUUUGGGAGCUGUGUCCCCCCGUGGGGAGGGGAUGCUCACUGAGCUCCCCCGUGGCACCAGCCCUGGCAGCCCCACGAGCCAGGUGAUGCCAGGAUUCCCGUCCUGCCCUGUGCCUCGGGCCGGCAGAGGGGCCCUGUGUCCCUGAGGUGCCCUCCCAGCUCUGGGACGAGCUUCUCCCAUUGCCCACGGCUGUCCGGAGCCCAGGGGCUGGGGCAGAGCGCAGGGGGAGCUGAGGGGACCCUGCUGCUGCUGCUGGGCAAAGCCGGGGCUCACAGCCCCGCUCCCUCCGGCUGCGCUGGCUCCAGGCUCCGUCGCUCCAUCCAGCCAGGUCCCACGGGAGGAGAGCACGGGGGCUGCUGUGGUCCCUGCUGGUGACAGCUCUUCUCCUGCCCGGGCCACCCCUCAGUCCUGGGCAGGGCUGCCCACUCGCAUUCCGCAGCAGGAAGCUGAAUCUGGUCAUUCUGAGCACUUUGGAGCACUGUCUUUUCUGCUUUUCACGUCAGGGCAGAUGUGAGAGAGCAGUGGGAGUUGGGGGUAGAACACCUGCACAAUAAUUAGUGAGGAUGUAAUUACCUCCCCCGCGCGGCACUGGUGAUGUGCACGGAAAGGAGGAGAGAUUCCCUUCGACACCAGGUGAUACCAGAGAAUGAUUUUAAUCUGCCUUACAACUAUAUAAUUAAGAGAGCUUAUAUAUAGAAAUACCUAUCUAUCUAUGUCCCCACAUGUACAUUUCUGGCUGGGAGCAGGGUGGGCAGCGCCAGGGCUGGGCUGGCCUCGCUCUCUGCCCGCUGCUGCCGCAAGGGCGAGUGCCUGGGCAGAGCAGAGAAGCUCAAAGCUUUGCCCAGAGCCCCCUGAGAGGAGAGCCCCCCGCCCCAGGGACACCCCCUACCCCCCGAAAGGCUGAGCCGGCCCAGGUGUGCCUGCGGUCAGCCCAGCAGUGCCCCGCUCUGCUCCCCGGGCAGGAGGGAGGGAGGCAGGGGGACCCUGCAGGGCACGGGGCGCGGGCCGGGACGGCACCGAGCUCCUGC